AUGCGCGUUUCGGAAAUCCGAGCCAUAGAGUCCAAGAUUCGCCAUGAAGCCGAAGACAAGUCCGAUUCUCUCCGCGAGUUGUUGGGUACGCGGUACAAAGAUCUCUUACGCGCCGCUGAUGAGAUUACAACCAUCCGAGAUGCAUCUUCUAAUAACGUGCGGGACGCGCUGCGCAACUUGGCAAAGUCGGCGACGCAGCUGCGAGAGCACUUUGCGGAGAAGAGCGGACAGAACCCUGAUAGUCCCGCCCCGGUCACGGAUGACCUUGCGAGAAGGAAGAAAGUUCACGUCAUCGGUUCCAAGCUCAAACAUAUUGUUGACUCACCGGAGGUGUUGUACGCUCACCUGGAGGCAGGCCAUGUGUACGAGGCGGCGGUGCGCUACUUUCUUGCGUCGCGCAACUACCAGGAGCUGAAAAAUACGCAGGGGGUGGAGGGCGUGGCGAAUCGAUUUGCGGAGCGUCGGUGGGACCAAGUGCAAGUCUUCAAGAAUCAGGUUCUUGCGGCAGCGGAGAAAAAGCUGAUUACGCCUGGCUCAGACCCAGCACUCUACUCAAGAGUACUCGCGGCCCUGUUCAUAUUGUCAGGGAAGGAUCGGGAUGUUAUGACGACUGUACAGGGAAUGUUAGCCUCGAGGAUAAGCUGGAUUGAAGAUGCGAAUCGAGGCCCUUCUAAAGCCGUCCCAGCGCGGAUGCGGGCACUUGCGGCCAUUGUCAGCGAUUCUAUUUCAUGCAUGUCUAAGACGUUUUGGAACACUGAGUCGGGAGUUGAACCACUGCUGCGUGACGUUGACAUUGCCGCAGCAGAUGAGGUCAAACUCCUCCGUGAAAGUAACGCUUUAAAGAACGCAUGCGCCUCGUGGAUUACCGAUGUCAAGGGCUGGGUGGGAGAACACGGCAAAGACAUUCUUGCAUCUGCAGACACAUCUCGAAUUCUGGCUGACACUUUGGGUGGGAUAGACGAGGUCUUCCAAGCUGAGAGUUGGGCGAAUGAUUGUCAGACGGCCUUGGGCCAACCACCGAGAUUUGUAUUGAACAUAUUCACACCCGUCAUCAGCGAAAGAGCAGCCACAGUAGCAAGCGAGUCAGUCCAGAGAUCUGUGGACAACGUGCUGUCCGAUAUAGAGGGAGUAUGGGCGGAUCUAAGUGUUGGUUCGCACAGGGGGAAGCUUCUGUGGUCUGCAAUAUCUAGUCAGGCGCUGAAAUGGAAUAUUGACUCCCUCGACGGCUCUGAAGUUGGCUCAGAAACAGGGCGAAGUGGAGGCGAGGCGGACGAUAUUGUGCGUAAUCUCGUUUGCGACGGACCAGUCUCUAAAGUCAUCGAAGUCUUUGAGUCAUCACUUUCCGAGUCUCUGAGGGAUGUCACGAUUCUCACACGGAGGGUUCCGUCAGUUUCACAAGCAUUUGAUGCAUCUGUUCGCGAUUUUCUUCCACGAGUCUUGGAUGGCUUACAAAGCCACCUCGACUCAAUUCCGCUGACGUUUUCCGAUGACCCCACGAGUGCUGAGCCGUCCUGUGAGCACGUGAUGGAAAAGGCACUAUUCAUUUCUCGGAUCGCCGCCGCGCUCGGAAGUGCGGAAUUGGUAAGGUCGGUGUAUAGUUUUUGCGACUCAGUCACAGAAGGACAUUCCCAGAAUGCAUUAACUGCUAGUACUUCCCAUGAUGUGGCAUCUAGCAAGAAGUCCCUGCAAAACUUUGUUCACAAGGCCUUCGAUAUCUGUGAGAAGGGUUACAGAACAUGGGCAAACCGAUUAUGUUCCCGUCUCAGAGACCAGUUAUAUUCAGAACUUGUAAGCGAGGGUGCCAUACUUGUCAAGAUUGGGUGGGCAUCCACAGCCGGCUCUGAAAGUGAAUCGGAGAAGAUGAAACCUGAUAGCUUCAGUGACAUGCGAUAUCCCACUUCUGCAUCCACAGCAGCAACAAAGUUUGUUCUACGUGCAUGCAAUUACGCAAAUCGAGCAGGCGGAUUCGCAUUACCUGAGAGCGCGAUUAGUUUUCUCCGCGAGGAAAUGUCGCGAGCGGCGGAGCAUGCCUACCGAGAGGCUUUCGUCUUCUAUUUCCCAAAGCAUGGGGGAAAAAAGGACAGUGCCUCACUAAGAGAAAGCGAACAACCGGAAGUGGCAGUUAUGCAGAUGCUCUUUGAUGUCCUGGUCCUUAAGAGGCUACUUCCUGAAGCUCCAAAAGAAAGUCGGGCUCGAAAUUCAAAAGAAGGGCUCAAUGCCAUUGAACAACAAUUGCAUUCUGCGAUAGAUCCCAUUAACUUCGCGUCCUGCAAGAAAGCCCUCCAUGGAUCUGUUGAUGGAUACUGUGGUCGGACUUCUGUCAUGUUUGGAACAAUAACGCGGAGAGGGGUCAGCAAUUCUUCACCCCGAAAACGCCCUCUCAUUAGUUCAAGUCAGUUAGCUUCUUCAAAUUUGGUUUCCCUUUCUCGCACCGUCCCGCGCUUCACCUAUCUCCCUGCCCCGAUGCCGUCAACGUACACAACGGCUGGCGUUAGCACUGCAGGCCUGAGCGCGAAGGCGGCCUUGGGAGCACUGAGGUCAGAGGCGGCCGCCGCAAAUGGAUCAUCAUUUGGUAAGAGGGAAGUGGAAUCAUCAGUUGCGGAGUAUGCCUCCAAGGUGUCGGAGAGCGUGGGUCGUCUUGGAAGAGGUUUCUUUGAAUCAUGGACCAGAAAGGCUGGCUAGCCCGUUUUGUAAAAUGCCUCUUCCAUGUA